UGGUGACGCUCUGGGGCAAGCGCUAAUAGCUAGGCAAUAAGGCAGUCGAGCGAGCGGGCGGAGGCGGUGCCUGUUGCUGCAGCGGCGGUCGCGGUGGCGGGGGAGGCGCUGUCACCGUAGGGCCUCCUGAGUGCGCGGACGGAGGCGGUAGCCGGAAGGGGGGACAACACAUUGUCUUCAAAACCUAUCCCACAAGAGGGAGCAGAACCCUUCUGAGAAGGGCCCCAGUGUCUCAUGAAUGAACCAACGGAUCUCGAUAACACUGUUAUUCCAGAGCCAGUCCUACGGCUCAGGAAAGGACACAUGCCUGACAGUGCAGGACAGUUAAGCUAUGAUGAUGACCACUCUGAUGAGGGGCUCCUCUUAGAGGAGCCAGCUUUAUCCUUGGACCUGCAAAAGAGUUCUGAGGAAUGCGACUGUAAUGAUGAACCAGCUCAGGAAGAUGAAGGGUUUAUGGGUAUGUCCCCUCUCUUACAAGCCCACCAUGCCAUGGAGAAAAUGGAAGAGUUUGUGUGUAAGGUGUGGGAGGGCCGAUGGCGGGUCAUACCCCAUGAUGUUCUUCCUGACUGGCUAAAGGAUAAUGACUAUCUGUUGCAUGGACACAGACCACCUAUGCCCUCCUUCCGCGCUUGCUUCAAGAGCAUCUUCAGAAUACACACAGAGACUGGCAACAUCUGGACACAUCUUCUAGGUUGUGUGUUCUUCCUGUGUCUGGGAAUCUUCUACAUGUUCCGGCCAAACAUGUCCUUUGUAGCACCUGUGCAGGAGAAGGUAGUUGUUGGACUGUUCUUCUUGGGAGCCAUCCUUUGCCUCUCCUUCUCAUGGCUCUUCCACACGGUUUACUGCCAUUCAGAAGGUGUCUCCCGGCUCUUCUCCAAGCUGGAUUACUCUGGCAUCGCACUUCUCAUCAUGGGCAGCUUUGUUCCAUGGCUGUACUACUCCUUCUAUUGCAACCCUCAGCCCUGCUUCAUCUACUUGAUUGUGAUUUGUGUCCUGGGCAUUGCAGCCAUAAUAGUCUCCCAGUGGGACAUGUUUGCAACCCCUGAGUACCGAGGGGUAAGAGCAGGAGUAUUUCUGGGUCUCGGCCUCAGUGGUGUUAUCCCCACCCUGCACUUUGUCAUCUCUGAGGGCCUUCUCAAGGCAGCCACAAUGGGGCAGAUAGGCUGGCUGGCACUCAUGGCCUGUCUGUACAUCACUGGUGCUGCGCUGUAUGCUGCCCGUAUACCAGAGAGAUUCUUCCCGGGCAAGUGUGAUAUCUGGUUCCACUCCCAUCAGCUGUUUCACAUCUUCGUAGUGGCUGGAGCUUUUGUGCACUUCCAUGGUGUUUCAAACCUUCAGGAGUUCCGUUUCACAGUUGGGGGAGGCUGCACGGAGGAGGGAGACAUGCAGUAAAACCUGCCUUCAGCCCAGGAUCAUAACCAAAACAGAGGAUUGCAAGAGGCGUUGAUGUUAACGGGCUAGUGACGUGAACACCUGAGAAUCCAAGCCUCAUGUGAUGGGAUAUGGAAGCUACUUGGGAUUUCUGACACAAGAAAUUUAUACCUCAAAUGAUGGAAUGAGUCAAUUUGAAGACCAGGAAAUUCUUAAACCCUAACUUAUUCUUGAUCUACAGAUUGAGCUAUAGAGGACCGUGUCCAAAUCGGCUUCUGUUCAAUGCCAUAUUUAUUUGUAGAAAAUGGGAGGGAUGGCUUAGCAGUUUUCUUUUUUAAAUCUAGGCUAAGAUUUAUAUCUUCUUUAGGGGCAGGGGAAGGAGCUGAUUUUAGAUGCUCUUUUGGGGAAAAAAUUGUAAAUAAGAUUUCUAACUUUCUGUUUAAAAUAAAUUUAUAUAAAUGUUUUAAACGGGGUGGGGGGGGGAAAGGGGUUUUGUAUAGAUGCAACAUGCAAGUACCACACACUGUUUCAAUUUUGCACAAAAAGGUGACUGCAGGAGGAUCAGAUAAAAUCCUUGGGAGUGAGGCAUGAUGGUCCUGCAGACUCUUCCCAGAAGCUGGCAUGUACUGGGCAAUAUGGCAUUCUGGUCAGUAUUUGGAGUGGGCUCAGAACAUGGCACAUAAAUGUUGGCAAUGGCCUUUCUGCAAACAAAAGCCACUAGCUUUUUGGUUGCCAUUCAUGGAUCUGCCAUGUUUUGAUAUGAUUAUAUGAUGCUAAUGGCACUUGUCAAAGAAUAGAACAGCUGCUCAGGUGGGUAAGCAUGUGAGGAGUAAUGGGGGUGGGGAAGAUAGGCUGGCACUGGAAGGAAGGAGCUGUGCACUCAGAGGAAGAAUACUGUUUGGCUGCUUGCACACACUCGAUUUUUUUUUAUUGGAUUUCUUCCUUAUCCACAGAAGUCCUAAUGUUUUCCAGUGUUAAAUUUACUAAAUUCCCUGUCCUGCAAUAGACUCCCUGUCCUACUGUUGCCGCUGCUCCUGCUGGGGGAGCAGCUGACUUCCCCGGUAUCAUGGGCAGUGCUGUGCUGUGAAGCAGCCAGCAGAAAGCACUCAGAUUUAAUGGUUUCUCUUGACCUAAUGCAUCACCUUCAUGUGUGUACAAAGCCCCAUGGCCUACAGAAUCUUGUGACUUUUAAAUCUGCACUAAACCCUGCACAGUUCUCACUUCUCAGGUCCAGCCAAUGUAAUUUCCCAGCCCUGCUUAACCAAUGGGAUAGCUGGCUUUUUUUAAUUUAUUAUUUUUAUUUAUUUUUUUAACCUGGAAGUAAAAUUGAGACCAUUUGGACUAUUGUGGAGCCUCUGUAUAGCAGGAAGCGCAUAGUCUUCUCUCAUUGGGUUGGUGUGGCUUCAUCUCUGGAGCCUAGUCAGAAGCCAGAGAGAGAAGCAAAUUGUUGGAGAAUCUUCUGAGUCAUGGGGCAAAACUGAUUGUCAGAUAUAUAGUUUGACACAGAAGUUUUAUGUAAUGGAGUAAGAGCCUAGUUGCUGGAAACUUAAGAGUUAUUAUCUCUCACAUAGGAUUAGUUAAACAGCUCCUAAAAUGCUUUGGUUCACAAAGCAAUAGGAAGGUAAAAUUGUUCUAAAUUUUUAAAGGGUGAAAAUUCAAAUUUGCAAGUGAAAAAUGGGGAUUGCAGAGAUCUUACAAGUAAACAUUCUUGGGAAUCCAGGCUAUUAAUGAAUGUUUCAAGCAGUUAUCUUGUCUAAUAGGAUUGAAUAGAAGUGGAAGACCUUGAUUAUCUUCAAGGUUCCUCACUGACUCUAAAGAGCAAGUAUUUUCUCUCUUGCCUUUUGGUUAGUUAUUUUCAGAAAUUUUGAAAUAAAGCUUAGCUGUAGAAAGAGGUGCUUUAUUGGAGCCUGUGGGAGGCUUAGAGGGAUGUUUUUCUUCUUGGUUGGAUCACCAUAGUAGAUGUCAAUAGGAUUGAAGGAAAGGCUUGUAUUGUCUUGUGGGUUUGUGCAGUGCCUAACUGGAAUACAGAGCAGUAUUAACCAGGCACUUUUAAUGGGAGGGUUUAAUAAGCAUAGGCAGGAGGUGUGCUUUGCUACUUGAGAAAGCAAUGGUACAUAUCAGAACCAGACUUGUUCUGGAAAGCACUUUGGAUACCUCUGUAUUAAUACCAGCAAAAGUGGCAGUCUCCAUCCUGAAUCACCCUACGCUCACUCCCUGAAGGAACAUUGUAACUUGGCCCAACACAGCACAGAACUAUUACAAAAACACACUUCACCUGCUAUUCUUAACCCAGUCAAUCUCUGUUUAGGAAGUUUUUGUGCUCCAAUAAACUGCCUACCUGUGCACUCUCCUUCCCCUCUCCCCCCCCCCCCCAGUAGCACUUGCUGAGAACUCUUCCCAGGUUGGCACCUGAAUGCCUUACUCUCAGCGGUCAGAGGCUUGCUUGCUCUGUGUGCAGAUUAUUGCCAUAGAAUAGAUAGGACCUACAGCUCUUUUCCUUCCUCAUUAAAUAGUGGCCUUGUUCAGUAUUUUCUUUCUUUUUUAAAUUGCUUACUGUUGGAAGCAACAAAGCACAUUUUGGGAUUUUUGAUGGUUGGGGUCUCUGGUGAUUGGUUCCAUAUAAGAUGGGAUCUCAUGACUUGCUGUGUUCUUAACUUCUGCUAAUAAAAGAACCAAAUGGGAUAUUGA